CGAUGCUCGCAGCACCUCAGAAACACAUGGCUUUGCAUGCUGACUUUAGCCUUUUACCCUGCAGCCAGCGCCUUCGGACUGAUCGUUCCAGGGAUUCCAGGGGAGCUGCAGUUGCUACUGGGAAGGCGCCCCAGCUACCACUGGAGGGUGCCUCCCUUCACCGCCGCGGUGCUUGUUUGCUCCUCGGGGCUGCCCUGGGCUUUGCCGGUGCUCGGCGCCGGGCGCGGGCCGAAGCGGCUUUGACGGAGGAGCAGAAGAUUGCCAUUCUGCAGGAAGUUCAGAGCAUGGGGGAUAUUGCUGUGAACGCGCCCACUGUGCAAGAAGAAGAGGCUGCAUGGACCAAGAUGCUGGACCGUUUUGCAGGGCUUCCUGACAUUGAGGUCAGAGUCCGAUGCAACCGCGGCAACUCCUUGGCUCGCCAGGGCAAGUUGCAGGAAGCCUUAAAGGACUACGACCGAGCCAUUGAGCUGGUCCCUAGUGCUGCAGAUCCACAUCUGAACCGUGGAGCUGUCUAUGAAUCCUUGGGCCGAUUAGAGGAAGCCCUGAAGGAUUAUGAUGUGGUCUUGCAGGACGAUCCUACAGACCCGGCCGCGUGGAACAAUCGUGGCAACGCUCUGCUGGGUCUACAACGCUUUGAAGAAGCGAAAGAUUCCUUUCAACAAGCUUUGGAUAUUUCAGGAUCCCAGCAAUUCGCUUUUGCUGGCGUCAACCUGGCCAUUGCUCAGUAUGAGCUCAAGGAGGACGAGGAGGCAGUGAAGACCUUGCGCAAGCUGCUGGCCAGGUAUGCCGAGGCUUUCCCGGACGCCCGGGCGGCCUACGCCUUGGUUCUAUGGGAUCAGGGGGAUCGGAUCGAAGCAGAGUCGCAAUGGGACCGUGCCACCAGCGCGGACCCGCGAUAUCGCUCGGAAGAGUGGGUGUCAACCUUUCGGCGAUGGCCAACACGUUUGAUGUCAGUGUUCAAGCGCUUCUCUGCCACCACCAGUGUGAAGGUGAAGUGAGGCACUCCUAAUAUUCAUUAAUAUUCCAAAAUUAUAUGAAAAGAAAAAACAUCCUCAGCCUAGCAAAUCCUUGGCAAAGUUAUGCAAAGUUGGCCCUUGGCCAUAAGGCUGCUGAUAGAUUUUCAGUGCACAAAUCUUGGCACAAAAA